AAAAAAGAGGAAGAGGGACCCAUAAGCAUUGGGAAGCGAAGGGGAGGAGUAGGAGGAGGAACUAGGAAGGAGGAACAAGUGAUGGUGCUCAGUGCUCACCCAAACAAAAAACUCUCAUAGUCUCAUGUGAUGGUGGUCAACGGGGGGAGGUGAGGGUGGUCAAUCAAAGUCAAAAUGGGAAGCCGAAGCUACUCGGCCAACCCGAGCGACUACAAGCUUCUGGAAGAAGUAGGGUACGGAGCGAGCGCCACCGUGUACCGCGGAAUCUACCUGCCAUACAACGAGGAGGUGGCGGUCAAGUGUCUGGAUCUGGAUCGAUGCAACAGCAAUCUGGAGGACAUAAGGAGGGAGGCGCAGACCAUGAGCCUCAUCGAGCACCCCAACGUCGUCAAGGCCUUCUGCUCCUUCGUCGUCCACAGGAGCCUCUGGGUCGUCAUGGGCUUCAUGGCGCAGGGCUCCUGCCUCCACCUCAUGAAGGCCGCCUAUCCCGAGGGAUUCGAGGAGGACGCCAUCGGAUCUAUCCUCAAGGAGACUCUCAAGGCGCUCGACUAUCUCCACCGACACGGCCACAUUCACCGCGAUGUUAAGGCUGGCAAUAUUCUUCUCGAUUCCAACGGCCAGGUCAAGCUCGCCGACUUCGGCGUCUCCGCUUGCAUGUUCGACACCGGCGACCGCCAGCGCUCCAGGAACACCUUCGUCGGCACCCCCUGCUGGAUGGCGCCCGAGGUUCUGCAACCUGGCACCGGUUAUAAUUUCAAGGCGGAUAUUUGGUCUUUCGGAAUUACGGCGUUGGAGUUGGCUCAUGGACACGCGCCUUUCUCCAAGUAUCCUCCUAUGAAGGUUCUUCUAAUGACCAUUCAGAAUGCUCCCCCGGGGCUUGAUUAUGAUCGUGACAGAAAGUUCUCCAAGUCUUUUAAGGAAAUGGUUGCCAUGUGCCUGGUAAAAGAUCAAACAAAGAGGCCGUCUGUGGAGAAGUUGCUCAAACACUCCUUCUUCAAGCAAGCUAAGCCUCCAGAGCUUUCUGUAAAGAAAUUAUUUGCUGAUUUACCGCCUCUGUGGAACCGUGUAAAAUCCCUCCAGCUUAAAGAUGCAGCUCAGCUGGCACUAAAGAAAAUGCCUUCUGCAGAACAAGAAGCAAUAUCUCAAAGUGAAUAUCAGCGAGGAGUUAGUGCGUGGAACUUCGAUGUUGAUGAUUUGAAAGCUCAAGCUUCGUUGAUGCAGGAUGAUGAUGAUAUUGCAGAGAUGAGGGAAGAAGAUGAAAACAAAUUCUUUAGCUAUUAUAAGGAUACAACUGAUUCCCAGUUUAUUAUGGACAAAAAGAAUUCAAAUAACUUGCAACAAGAUGAGUUCGUGGCACCAGUAGGUAGUAGUGACAUACCACAGAGUGAGAAGAGAAAUGGAUCAGUUGCUGAAGCAACACCAUCUACUUCAGAGAAGGACGCGGGAACAAGCAAAGUUAAAACUCAAUCAGGGAAACUUGGUAAAACCCAAAGUGGACCACUGGUGCCAGGCUCAGUGCUUGGUCUUUCUUUACCUGAAAGAGGGCGUGCAUUUGAAAGGUUUGAGAAUGAAAAUCAGUUCUCAGGUGAGAAAAAUAAUCGUGAUAUACGACGAGCUCCAAGCUUCAGUGGUCCAUUAAUGCUUCCAAACCGAGCUUCAGCAAAUAGUUUGUCAGCUCCGAUAAAAUCUUCUGGAGGAUUCAGAGAUUCCAUGGAUGAUAAGUCUAAGGCUAAUCUAGUGCAAAUUAAAGGUCGAUUCUCAGUGACAUCAGAAAAUUUAGAUCUGGUGAAGGAUAUUCCUGUAAGUUCAGUUUCACGCCGAUCUUCACAGGGAUCACCAAUGAGGAAAUCUGCCAGCGUUGGUGAUUGGAUGGUGGAUUACAAACAAAUGCCAAUUGGUCAGCCCUCCAAUGAUUCUGCCAAUAUGAAUAUUCCUGCAUCUAUUUUAGUGCCUCAUCUUCACAAUCUUUUCCAGCAGACAUCUAUUCAACAGGAUCUUAUAAUGAAUCUGUUGAAUAGUUUGCAAACUGCCGAGGCAAUUGAUGCUUCUCAGAAUGGAAAGUUGCCACCAUUACCUCGCAAUUCAGAGAACAAUGGAAGUGUUGAUACAGCAGCUUCAGAGAGGGAAACUAUGCUGCUGGCCAGAAUUUCAGAACUCCAGUCUCGGAUGAUUAAUUUGACUGAUGAGCUGACGUAUGAGAAGUUAAGAUACGGGCAGUUGCAACAACAGCUAUCUGGUUUCUACAGCCAGGAACAAAAUGGGGAGAGAGACGAAUUUGCAUGAAAGCUGAUAAAUAUGAUCUUUAGUGAAGUACAUGUACAUCCUGGCGAGUGAUCAAUCAUAGGUUGGACUCCAAUUUUUUCUCUUUGCUGAAGGAGAACUGCUUUUUGGAUGUUGAUAGUCCUUGAUAAGUGGCAUAUAUAUUCUCUGAUCCAGCCUUCCUUGUGUUCAAUAAGCCUUUGUGACGAUCUAAAAGCCCAGCUAGUGCAAAUGAGCAAAAUGAUGAUCUGUCAAAGUUGAUCUCAUUAUUUAUUUCAUUUAAAGAUUCAGAUGUAAAUAAGCUUCUCUGUUGUAUCAUACUGCAACGUCUUAUGUUUGCAGAUUAAUCCGGAAUUCUAGUGAUAACUGGUAAGAAAGUUACGGGGACUACCCCGGGGGAGAAAUAACAUCCCUACAUAUUGAACUGCUUUUAUUAUUACUAUAUCGGAUUUGAAUUUGUAUAGCCUUAUUGUAUUCUACCAGCUGAAUAAUAGGUUCUGUUGUGCUGAAUGAGUCAACAUGGUAAAAUAUUCUCGUAC